UCAUACCGGAAAUGACAUCUCUUCCCCUCGCGAUCUUGCCGUAAACAGCUCCAAAGCACAAGACAUUCGUCAAGCAUAGAGUGUUGUUUCAUCCCAAAUUUUUCGUACCAGAAUUUAAACUAGGAUUCAAUUUAACACGAACAUGUCGCACACGAUCCUGUUGGUUCAGCCCACCAAGAGACCCGAAGGCCGGACAUACGCUGACUACGAGUCGGUGAAUGAAUGCAUGGAAGGUGUGUGCAAAAUGUACGAAGAGCAUCUCAAGAGGAUGAACCCCAACAGCCCCUCCAUCACAUACGAUAUUAGCCAGUUGUUUGACUUCAUUGACGACUUGGCAGACCUGAGCUGUCUUGUUUACAGAGCAGACACCCAAACAUACCAGCCGUACAACAAAGACUGGAUCAAGGAGAAGAUUUACGUCCUGUUGAGACGUCAAGCUCACCAAGCAGGGAAGUAGUGAGACCGAUGUCACCGUUGUCCUUCGCUACACAUCCCAAAGGAGUCGAAUGAAACACAGCUACAUUUCGAAAACUUCUCUUGAGAUUUGUGUGAUAAGAGGACAAGGGGAUACUUUAAAUGAGAGGAUGUCCAUUUUGUUUUCGGGGACGGUCUGGGUCACCUGGCGGUGGCCCUUUGGUUUCUAACUGAGUUAACUUUUUUUUUUUUUUUUCUUUCUAACUUGCUGUUCUCAGUAACGCGUCCAAGCCAGUUUCCGUGCUGUGGAAUUUCAAUUAAAAUUGUUAUGGAGUGACGACACAAAGGGGAUACUUUAAAUGAGAGGAUGUCCAUUUUGUUUUCGGGGACGGUCUGGGUCACCUGGCGGUGGCCCUUUGGUUUCUGACUGAGUGAACUUUUUUUUUAUUUUUUUCUAACUUGCUAUUCUCAGUAACUCGUCCAAGCCAGUUUCAGUGCUGUGGAAUUUCAAUUAAAAUUGUUAUGGAGUGACGACACAAAAUUUACAAGAGUUGUAUUUUUUUUUUGUUAUUCUGACUACUGUGGUUACUAUAGUGACACUUAAUGCUGUUUUUUUUUCUUUUUUGUAAACUUUUUUUUUUUUACAUAAUGUAUCGGACUCCUUUGAUUCAAACAUCAUCAUUUUGGCUUUGGAACUGUUCUUUAAUAAACAACUUGAAAGCGA